UAUAUUUUUUUAAAUGUAGAACUUAGAUAAAUAUUUAUUUCAUUGUGAAUAAGUAUAGUAUACGCCACUGAAAAGUAAUUUGAGAGUGGUUUUUUUUUUGUUAUUUGUUUACUUUCGACGGAGCUCGGAAAAACACUGAGCUCUGGGGGAAAGGCCCGAGAUGUUGCGAUUGGUUUCAAAGUGAUAUUGAUGAAAUCCUGUUGAUCUUUAUAUAUAACACUUCAUCAUGAGGGAUAAAAGGGGACUUAAGAAAGCACAGUUAAAAGAUAAAGUAAAGAAGACUGUCACAAGAAAAGCUGCUAUAAGCAGUGCUCCUGUAGAUGAUGACAACAGGGCUCAGUCUCAGAUGCGAUAUAAUCUCCGGAAAAGAAAAGGACAAGAAGAGAAGGACCAUUGCCCUGCGAACAAAAAACAUCGACCAAAUAUUCAGGCACAAAAUGAUGAGCAGAAAACGGUUACUAAUUCCAGAAUAUUGAUCACAAGAAGUAAAAUGACAGUUUUGAAAGAACAAACCAAUAAAACUACGCAACACAAAACAACACAUUCCCUCAAAAGAAAAAAUCAUUCCCCAGUGACCACCAGUGCCAAUAGCAGCAAGAAAGCAAAGCCUCCUCCAAAGUUGAAUAAAAAAUCGCAGAAAUCUACAUCUGUCUGGACAGGGAAAGCGUCUUCUUCAGUUAAGAAAAACGCAAAAUCAUCUUCAAAGUUAAGGACGGCAAAAAAAGGAAAAGAAUACAUUUCUCCAAGAUUGAAGCAGAGUUUGGGGAACAGAAAUCCAUCUACUCUGAAAAAGAGGAGAAUAAGAUCAGCUCAAGUAAAGCAACCGGUUUCUGAGAAAGAAUUGCAAUCCAAAACGCCGUUAAAAAGGAAACGUAGAGGAUGUAAUGAGUUGUCAGGAAAGUUUGCAGACAUGUUCCUGAACAAAUUGGAUUUAGUAGCUCAUAUUGAUAUUGGUAACCGUUCACCAAUACAUGGAAUAAGCGUUACUCACGAUAACCUGGUGUGGGUGAACUCUCUGUCGAAGCGGGUGAAUCUUUACAAUUCUUCUGGAGACCUUCUUAGAUUUUUUGAUUUAGACUACCAUCCAGUUUUCAAUUGUUGCAUGCCCAAUGGCGACUUGCUUGUGACAACGGGCUUCAGUACAGGGGCCAAACCUACCUUGGAAUAUAUUUCUCGAGAAGGGGACACAAGGUUGCUAGCUGAUCUUUCUGAAUAUGCCGAUUUACUGUGUGGAAUUCUUUAUCAAGACGAGAGGAUAUACGUCAUAGGAGACAGGUACAUCAUUCUUAAAGUUGACAUGAAUGGAGAAGUAGAGAAAGACUUUGAAAUAGAAUCAGAUCUCGUUGACGUAAAUCAUCUUAUUUCUCAAAAUGGCCGAAUUUUUGCUCUGAACAAUAACAUUUUCUCCAUGUAUCUGUUGGGUUCUGAUAAAAUUUCUACUAAUGUUAUUAACAAAGUGGCGGUCGACAAUUCAUAUUCAGCAAGUGCCUCUGUUGACAACUUCGGGAACAUCAUAGUGGGAGUAGACCCUCCAGCCUCUAAGAUUGUCGUAAUCGAUCCGAGACUAGAACGCAAGUACGAGAUAGGUUGUGAUUUUUCAGGAAUGAUCCGUGCCACAGCUGUCGACAAACAAAACCAGGUCUGGAUUGGAACAGACGAUGGAAAUCUGUACAUUGCAAAAUACCUUAAAUAAUGACCUUUCUUUAUUGAUAAGAACUGUAGUUUUGGUUUUCUAGAUUGCUAAUGUUUAUCUGUUUCUUUCCUUAUAAAAACAAAACCACUCAUUACAUAUUGUCUCGACCAAAGACGUUGCGAGUUUUAAACAAUGUCAUCGCGGGAAAUUUGUGACGAAAAAUGUAAUAUAAGAUAUCAGUUAGACUGUUGCAGUUUAUUGAAGUUCAUUUUGAUUACAUAUACGGUAAAUCGUGAUAUAUUAUAUCCCGGUAAAUGUUUCUCAACUUACAAUUGUUUAAUUUAUGCAUUAACCAUAUUGUGAGCAUGAUCAAAGUUGAGCUAUAAAUUUCAAGAAUAUAAGAAUUUGUAUGUUACAGCACAUUUGCACAUUAGUUUCACGGUAAUAUAAUAAAGAAAAUAGUAAAAAAAA